CCAAGCCAAUGCUAUUUUUGACCGAGAUGUAAGACAAACUGCUAUUUCGCCAUUUUCAAGAGCUGGAAUAGACUCUUUAUCAAGUUUAAAACAAUAUUUGAAAAAAAAAAAGAAUCUUUAAAAACUAAUCGUCGAGGUUUAGGAAAUUAAAUCAAAAAGCCUAACGUUAACUUACCUCAAACGUUGAUGUAAGUUCAAGAGAGAUCUGAUCCAGAGCCCAGCUGAGCGUCUAUGCAGAGUAAUGGGGUCUAUGAAUCAUCCAAAACAUUUUAAGAGUGGAGAAACACAAAAUGAUCUUGGUUCAGCUCAUCAGAAGAGAUCAGAUCCAGAGCCCAGCUGUGUGUCUAUGAAGAGUGACUGGUCUAUGAAUCAUCCAAUUAAAUUUAAGAGUGGAGACACAAAGAAUGAUCUCAGUUCAGUUCAGAAGAGAUCAGAUCCAGAGCCCAGCUGUGUGUCUAUGAAGAGUGACUGGUCUAUGGAUCCUCCAAUGCAGUUUAAGAGUAAAGACACACCGCCUGAUCUCAGUUCAGUUCAUCAGGAGAGAUCAGAGCCAGAGCCCAGCUGUAUGUCCAUGAACAGUGAUUUGCCUUUGGAUCCUCCAAUACGUUAUAAGAGUGGAGAAACACAAAAUGAUCUCAGCCCCCAAGUAUUCAACACGUUUAGAUCAAAUCUGCUGAAGAAGUUUGAGUGUCUGUAUGAGGGAACAGCGGCGCAGGGAAACCCAACACUCCUGAAUGAGAUCUACACAGAGCUCUACAUCACAGAGAGUAAGAGUGGAGAGAUCAGUCAUGAGCAUGAGGUGAGACAGAUUGAGACACAAUCCAGGAGAUCAACAACAGAGGACACAGCGAUCAAAUGCAGAGACAUCUUUACACCUUUACCUGGACAAGACAAAGCCAUCAGAACUGUGCUGACGAAGGGAGUCGCUGGCAUCGGAAAAACAGUCUCUGUGCAGAAGUUCAUCCUGGACUGGGCUGAAGAGAAGGAGAAUCAGGACGUCCAGCUCAUAUUUCCACUUCCUUUCAGAGAGAUCAAUCUGAUGAAGGACAAAACACUCAGUCUGUCAGAUCUUCUUCAGCUCUUUUUCCCUCAAACUAAAGAAAUGGAAAUAUCCAGUGACAAAUAUAAAGUGCUGUUCAUCUUUGAUGGUCUGGACGAGUGUCGUCUGUCUCUGGAUUUUCAGAGCGCUGUGAGGUUGUGUGACGUCAGUGAAUCCGCCUCAGUGGAUGAGCUGCUGACCAACCUGAUUGUGGGGAAUCUGCUUCCCUCUGCUCUCAUCUGGAUCACCUCCAGACCGGCAGCAGCAGAUCUCGUCCCCUCUGAGUGUGUCCAUCGAGUGACAGAGGUACGAGGCUUCAAUGACCCUCAGAAGGAGGAAUACUUCAGCAAGAGAAUCAGUGAUCAGAGUCUGGCCAAUACAAUCAUCUCACACCUGAAGUCCUCCAGGAGCCUCUACAUCAUGUGCCACAUCCCAGUGUUCUGCUGGAUCUCAGCCACUGUUCUGGAGAAGAUGUUGAGUGAAGCAGAGACUGCAGAGAUUCCCAAGACUCUCACUCAGAUGUACACACACUUCCUGAUCCUGCAGACCAACAUCAAACAUCAGAAGGACUAUGAGGAGAAGCUGACAGAUGAAGACAUGAUCCUCAAACUGGGGAAAGUGGCUUUUCAGCAGCUCAUGAAAGGCAAUAUAAUCUUCUAUGAGGAAGACCUGAGAGAGUGUGGCAUUGAUGUGGCAGAAGCUUCAGUUUACUCAGGAUUGUGCACUCAGAUCUUCAGAGAGGAGUUUGGCUUGUAUCAGGGGAAAGUCUUCAGCUUUGUUCAUCUGAGCAUUCAGGAACAUCUAGCGGCUCUUUAUGUGCACCUCUCCUGUAUUAACAAAAGUAUAAAUCAGUUUAACUUUGCUGCCAAACAGAGUUUGUGGUCCAAAACUAAAUUCAUGUUUAAAACUGUUGCACUAUCUGAGCUGCAUCAGCGAGCUGUAGUUGAGACUUUACAGAGUAAAAAUGGACAUCUGGAUCUUUUCCUGCGGUUUCUUCUGGGUCUGUCAGUGGAGUCUCAUCAGAUUCUCCUACAAAGACCACUGAAACUAAAAAGAAGAUCAAUCAAGAAUAAUAAAACAGUCGAGUACAUCAAGAAGAAGAUCAGGACCAUCGACUCUCCAGAGAAAUCCAUCAAUCUGUUUCACUGUCUGAAUGAACUGGGUGAUCAUUCACUAGUGGAGGAAAUACAGCAGUAUCUGAAAUCUGGAGGAAUAAAUGAAGCCAAACUCUCCUCAUCUCAGUGGUCAGCUGUAGCGUUUGUGUUGUUGACAUCAGAGAAGAAGCUGGAGGAGUUUAAUAUUAAUGAAUUUGUUGCUGAAAACAAUAAAACUGAAAAACUGGUAAUUUUUAAGAAGCUGCUGCCCGUGAUUAGAGAAUGCAGAUCAGUUCAGUUGUAUAAUUGUGGUCUCACAGGUGAAGGUUGUGCUGCUUUGGCUUCAGCUCUGAUAUCAAACCCAGAACACCUGACAGAUCUGAAUCUGUCCAGGAAUAAUCUAGGAGAUUCAGUGACUCUUCUCUCUGCUGUACUGGAGGAUCCUCACUGUAAACUGGAGAAACUGUGGUUGAGUUAUUGUGGUGUCACAGAUGAAGGUUGUGCUGCUUUGGUUUCAGCUUUGAGAUCAAACCCUGAACACCUGAGAGAACUGAAUCUUUCUGGGAAUAAUCUAGGAGAUUCAGUGACUCUUCUCUCUGCUGUACUGGAGGAUCCUCACUGUAAACUGGAGAAACUGAGGUUGUAUUAUUGUGGUCUCACAGAUGAAGGUUGUGCUGCUUUGGCUUCAGCUCUGAGAUCAAACCCUGAACAUCUGAGAGAUCUGGAUCUGUCCUGGAAUAAACUAGGAGAUUCAGUGACUCUUCUCUCUGCUGUACUGGAGGAUCCUCGCUGUAAACUUGAAAAACUGGAGUUGUAUAAUUGUGGUCUCACAGAUGAAGGUUGUGCAGCUUUGGCUUCAGCUCUGAGAUCAAACCCUGAACACCUGAGAGAUCUGAAUCUGUCUGGGAAUAAACUAGGAGAUUCAGUGACUCUUCUCUCUGCUGUACUGGAGGAUCCUCGCUGUAAACUGGAGAAACUUUGGUUGAGUGAUUGUGGUCUCACAGAUGAAGGUUGUGCUGCUUUGGCUUCAGCUCUGAGAUCAAACCCUGAACACCUGACAGAACUAGAUCUGUCCUGGAAUAAUCUAUCAAAAUCCACAGUGAGGCUGUUCUCUGAUCUGAAGGACAACCCACAUAAUAAACUGAAAACAUUACACAUUUGACUCUCUGUGUUUAGUGUGCUCAUGAACUGCUAAAGGUGCUGUAUUGAUAAUUGGAUUUUUCACAAAUAUUAACAUCCAGGGGUGGACUGGCCAUCUGGCAGGCCAAUCAGCUUCCCAUUCGUUUUUUCCCAUUAAACUGUAGGAGAUCAUCUUCAAGACAGGAUUUUCAGAAUGAAAUGUGGACUAAAUUUAUACUAAAAUCUAAGAGAAACACUAGUUUUAGCUGAGUUUCUUUAUGAAGAUCUGCUCAUGUACAGUAGGAGUAGAAGUGAAGUGAAGUGACUUGUCAUGGUUUUAUGCUAACUUAAAAUUUGUCCUUUGUGUUUAACCCAUCCAUGUGUGCACAUUGUUAUGUAAGAAGAGAAAAAGCUGUUACUAUCGGACAUUGUUUACUUCACUGAGUCAUUUUAGUAGUCACGGGAUUGAUCUAAUAGUCCUAUUGGUUGAUAAUCAGGCUUCCUUUUAAAGGUAUUUUGUAGUAAUUAAAAUAAAAAAUACUGUAUUUUUUAUUUUGAUGCAUUUUGUGGCUUCUGUAUUUUGUAGUUCAUUUUGAAUCACUUAAAGCUGAUAUUUGGUAUUUUAUUUUAUAUUUAAUGUAUUUUAGCCCAUCCCUGCUAUCAUACAGUAUGAUUCUUACUGUGACAGAGGAAUAAACUAUCUAAUGUAUUACAGAAACUGG